GGUACGCGCAAUCAAUCUGAUGGAGUAUUCGACUCUGAUUACCUCGCAACUAGUAAAAACGACUUUCAGAGAUCAGUAACAAAUUGCAAGCUGUAUCCAAGACAUGGAAUCAUGUUCUCAAAAGAACCUGAACUGGAUCGCUUUCCCUACCGCAAGGAGUUGAGUUAUUUGCCCACAACUCUUCACCGCAAUUCUCUAGAUUCGGGUUCGAGAGACUCGCUAGAAGGUCACUUAAAUCCCACAUCACCGCGUUUGAAAGCAGGUGCGAACAAUACUGCCGAACGACGUGUGACGAACGUCGUAAUGACACCUAGCGCAUGUAAAUCAAACCCUCCGGGUCUACAUCACUUUAAACCCAACACAAAGGUAAAUGUGGUUGAAAUGAAGCUAAAUCACAACGCAAUCAAAGAAGAGAGUCCGGUACAUCACUACACUUAUUGCCAGUUUUUCCAAGAGGCUAAGCGUAAAAAGUCUAAGACGCGCGGAACACAAUCUUUAUAUCGUGAGUCCUCCACCCAAACAUUACCGUUUCUUCCUGAGGUGUCGAAUAAAGAUAAUGAGUUGGAACAAAUAGAGCUUUCCAAAUUGCCAACUAUCUUGCCCGGUGAUGGUCCUCCCGGCUUAUAUCAAGUCGAAGUACUGGAACGUGCGCGCAAAAGAUGGGCUUUUGCAAGAGCAUUAAAAGAGAACUUUAGACAGCAAAUAGACGAAGUGAAGGUAAAAGCCAAACAAUCCGAGCACGGCGUUGUAUUACAGGCUUUCGAAUGGGAACAUUGGAUCGAGCGCGAGGAGUACUUACAAGAAUGCCAGAUGUUGCGAUUGGAAAUUCUCAUUGGUAUGUUCAAUAAACGCGAACAGAAAAUUCAAGAGACCUCUAAAACACGCAUUGAACGUAGUUACGAUCAAAUACUCGCAAGGCGCGAUGCUUCAUUGUAUAAGAACCAAUUGAAGUAUGAGAGAGAAAUGCGUCAACUGGAAAUCAAACGUCGUCGUGUGCCAAAAUGCUGGAGGAGAGAAAACAUACUCAGCCAACUUGGAACUCCCACCUCAGAGUUCUAUGGACCGGAAUUGCGUUAUGGCGUCAAUCCAUCACGCAGGCACUUUGUGGGCGGACGCGAGGAGUUCGAAGCACGUAUGGAUGAUUUAGAGAAACGCGCCGUCAAAUUUAGCAAGCUAGUGUGCUCGUUCACCAAACUUAAAGAAUGGGCGAAGCCCAAGCAGCGCUUUUUGGAAAUCGAACAAAACUUUUGCUCGGAUGAAAAUCUGCAAAAGAUGUAUGAAACACUUACGAGUUUACGCAAACAAGCAGUUAAGCAGAAAGUAGUACCGAAGUGUCUUAUACAAAAGAUUAAACAAAAGGUAAAGGAUGAAGUAAAAAAACCCAUAAAAGCAAAUGAAAAUAUUGUCGAGGAAUCUAAUGACAUUGAAGAUGUAACUAAAGAUAAAGUAAACGAAGAAGAGCUCCAACGUACGGACGACACGGAAUUCCGCCAAUCGAUAGAAGCAAAGAAGCAGCGAGCACAAUAUCUUAUGGAAGAACUGUAUAACGAGGACCUCGAGGCCAUGAUUCAAGAAUAUGAAGGCUACACCAUUGGAUGGCUUAUGCGUUUCCUGUCCGAGGAAAUGGGUCGGCUACAAGAACAACGCCUUCUGCACUACAUCACUAUGCUCGCCCAAAAGGAACGUUGGCUCCGCGAGGCUGCCGAAGCUGGACUACGACAAAAGGAAAAUGAAAUGCGUCAAAUCUAUGAACAAAUAUAUAUUGAUUCCUACGACUCUUGUCGCAGUUAUCUUAACAUGAUUUUGGAAAAAGACAUUCCGAAUAUUUCUCAUGAAAAGGCAGAGGUUGAAGUAUUGGAUAUGGCAAGAGUUAUUGAUGCGGACAUACAACGUUGGCUAGAUUCAUUUUAUGCCAUACAAAACCCAUUAAAUUAUUACUCCUUGCGUCAUAACCUCAAGACGAUAAUAUUUAAUAAUGUAGAUGAUAUUCUAAAAGCAGUCGAGACCAAGCAAUCAGUGAAGUAUGUCAUUGAGAUGCUUUUUAUAGAUGUAUUCGAAAAACUAGAACCUUACGACAUAGGGUCGUAUGCGGCAAACGAACUUGUCGAUCGUCUUUUCGAUCUCGACCUUUACUACUUCAGUUCGGAGGAGAAUUCGACCUGCUCCUGUCUUGCAUGCGAAUGUCCCGAAAGCGAACGCGAGAUUAGAGCUUUGAUACGAAAGCUAAUAAGACAAGCCGUGCCUGGACGGCGUUGGAAAACACCAGUGGAACGUUUAGCCAAAGAAACGGUGAAAGAUUUGAUUGACGGUGCCAUUAAUCUAGCUAUGAGUAGUGGUUCAGACUUCGAAAGUGGAAGCAUUGAACGUUUUUGUAGAUUGCGAUUAUCUCCCUCGUAUUUAAAUUUAUUUUCCCCAUCAAAACCCCAUAGUUUCGAUAGUUUUUCUACUGAUGAAUCAGAAAGCAUUAUACACAUCGUGCAAUCAGAUUUUCCUUGGAUUCGCGAAGAGCUGCCACUGAAACAUAAGAGUACUGAAAGCUCAGGAUCGUACCGUCAGCUUAUGCCCGAAGCGUUUGUUUUGGAAUCUUCCGAAGAUACCGAUACUGAUAAAGGCUAUAUAAAAGAUAAGACAGAAGUGAAGGACAAAUCGUCAGCAAAAUUUUUGAAGCUAAUCCACAAAGAGCUUUUAAAUUUCUUGAGUUCUGGAGAAGAGAGUGAAAGCUUGGAAGUGGAAGAUUUGUUUAGUACCACUAGAAGCGUUCAAAGUGAUUCAAGCGAUGCCUGCGGAUUAGGACUAAUCAUAGAAGAAAUUAUUAACAAAAUAUCAACAUUUGAAGAUACAACCAAAGGCCCCCGCAAAAUGUCGGAAAUCGUAGAAACCGUCACCAGAGAGCCAUAUUUUAUAACAGAGAAUGAAAUCGCCGAAAUUUACAAAAAAUCUGCGCCCCUUGAACUUAUCACCCAAACAUCCAAUGAAACAUCUGCCGAGCUAUCAGAAAAGGAACGUGUAGAGAAAGAUAUCGGAAGUAAACAACAAUUAACUUCAAAGACGUACAAUAUGACGCAAGAACUAGAAACCGACUCGCAUCAAAACGUUGACGAUACUGAUACCGAAUCUACAAAUGGACCAGAAACACUGCCGCAAAGAGGGCAACAAGAACUAACGUCUCGAGAGGUAUCGCAUUCAAGAAGUGACAGCAUGAAAAAAUCAUCUUUAAUAACCAGGGAUGGCCAACAAAGUGGUACGUUACGUGUACGUAUCAGUGAGAAAGAAGAGAAAAUGGAAUUCGUAAAACCACACUCAACAAUACCGGUCGAAGAACUGGUUGGAAGGCGUGAAACCUCAAGUCUGAAGUCAGUGCAAACUAGCGAUGAAGUUGCGCCAGAAAACAAUAAGUGACAUUUGAAUGGAACUAAAUAUAUUUUUACGUAAUACAAACAUAUGCAUAUCGAGGGCUUAUAUUCAAUACCCUCUAUCUGCAAAUUUCACAAAACCUACUUAGCGAUGUUAGAACCCAUCUGGGACUUUAUG